AUGAGUCGAGCAUUGCCGCGUGGACAAGCUACGCCCUUGGAAGACAAAAGCCAUGCAUCUCCUGCAGCGCGUCCUCUGGGGCGGCGUGUCGCUGAUGCACGUCGUGGGGACCGGCCGGGGCGCCCAGGGCACGGCGGCGACGCGGUACAAGGUGCAGACGCCGCCGCUGGACACAGACUGGACGCACGGGGUCGGGACGAAGCCGUGGCCGGAGCACCCGCGGCCGCAGCUCCGACGCGACGACCGUGCGUCGAGAGCGGCCUCUCGGGCAUCCAGAGCCUCAACUCGACGCACAUGUGGUUCGGCCGCGCGUUCGCCGGGCCGGGCUCCUGGCGCGGCGCGCACGUCCUGCUCAACUUUGAGGCCGUCGACUACGAGGCCACUGUUUUUGUGAAUGGCGUCAGGGUCGGUCACAAUGUCGGCGGCUACUUUCGCUUCACCGUCGACGUCACCGAGCACGUAAACUGGGGCCGGGACAACAAGCUCUUCGUGUUUGUGCACGACCCGACAGACGCCGACGUCAUCCCCGUCGGCAAGCAGACGCGGAACCCCAGCCACAUCUUUUACCGCUCGUGCUCGGGCAUCUGGCAGACGGUCUGGCUGGAGAGGGCGCCCUCCAACCGCAUUACCCAGCUCGACGUGUCUGCCGGCAUGGACGGACAGGUCAAGGUGACGGCGCACACGUCGGCCAAGCAGGGCACCGAGGUCAAGGUGGCCGUGGUGGACGCCGGGGGCCGCGCCGUGGCCGAAGCGUGGGGCCCGUCCGACGCCGAGUUCACCUUUUCCGUCGGCUCGCCGCGGCUGUGGUCGCCGGCCUCGCCCACGCUGUACAACCUGACGCUCACCAUGGGCGACGACCAGGUGCACAGCUACACGGGCUUCCGCACCGUCUCGGCCGGCCUCGUCGACGGCGUGCAGCGCCCGCUGCUCAACGGCGAGUUUGUCUUUUUGUUUGGCACCCUGGACCAGGGCUUCUGGCCGGACGGGCUGUACACGCCGCCCAGCCGCGACGCCAUGGUGUACGACCUGCGCAUGCUCAAGCGCCUGGGCUUCAACAUGGUGCGCAAGCACGUCAAGGUCGAGCCGGACCUGUUCUACCGCGCCUGCGACGAAAUGGGCCUCCUCGUCGUCCAGGACAUGCCCUCGCUGCCGGCCGACGGCAACCGCCCGCCCAACCCGGCCCAGCAGGCCGAGUUCCAGCGCCAGCUAGAGGUGCUUGUCAACGAACACAAGAGCUACACGUCGGUCGUCAUCUGGGUCUGGGGCCAGCUCCGCGGUCCGCCGUACCCGGAGGAGAAGCUGACCGAGGUUGUGCGCCGCCUCGACGCCUCGCGCCUGAUUGACUCGGUCACGGGCUGGAAUGACCACGGCUUUGGCGACUUUUCUGACAACCACCACUACGCGAACCCGCAGUGCGGCACGCCCUUUUACUCGAUUGCCUCUUCGCCGUACGACCCCCGCCGAAUCGGCUUCCAAGGCGAGUUUGGCGGCAUCGGGCACAACGUCUCGAUUGAGCACCUCUGGAACGUCCAGCAGGCCAUCGACACCAUCAACCAGACGUACGAGGUCAACGCCGACCUCGACGCCUACAACUACCGCGCGUCGGUGCUCUUCCGCGAGCUCGCCGAGCAGGUGGAGCGGUAUGCCUGCAGCGGCGCCGUGUGGACGCAGACGACCGACGUCGAGGGCGAGGUGAAUGGCCUGUACACCUACGACCGCCGCGUGCUGCGGCCCAGUGUGGGGCAGUGGCAGGCCGACAUUCGGCGGUUGUAUGACGCUGCGUACAGGCGGGGCGGCGCGAGGCCGUAG